UUUUAACUGCAGGUAAUCAUCAAACAUGGACAGCCUUCAUGUCAUUCUUGUCCUUCUUUUAGGAGGUCAUUGGAUUUCUGGAUCAGUGGUGGAUUUGACAGUGACAUCAGGACAGAACGUCACUCUGAAUUGUGACUGUGAAGCAUUUUCUGAGGAAUAUAUUGUGUGGUACAGAAAUUGUACCCAUGAAAAUCAGCCUCCUCUUGUUCUGAAACUAAAAGAAGAUGCAUGGAAAAAAAUCAGUGACCGAGCAAUUUCAGUGAAUUCUCUAUUACGCUUCCACUUUAAAAAGAAUCAGUCCUCUGGAUCCUAUGAUCUGCUGAUCAUGAAUAUUUCUGAUUCUGAUGAGGGCCUCUAUUACUGUGGAACUGAAAAGGAACAGUGGGUAGAUGGCACAAGCGUUCAGGUCAGAUAUGACCACAGAUAUGCCAGUAUCGCAACAAGAAUCUUAAUCAAUUCACCUCACACAAGUCCUUGCCCUGAUUCCAGUCCUUGCCCUGACUCCACUCUUCACUCUGACUCCAAUACUCGACCUGACUCCACUCCUCGUGCUGUCUACGACAGAACCUGUGGUUCCAGUCUCGUGCCCUGGCUGAUGAUGUUUACACCAGGAUUUUCUAUUCUCAUUUCAUUUUUUUCCUUUAUUUUUAUUUAUCAGUUGUGUCGGAAAACAGAAAAAGAACUUCAAUUUUUUCAGAACAGACCAGAUCACAAUAAUCAAAGGAGACAGAAUGAGGAUGAAGAUUUGUGUUUAACACAAGUCUGGUUCCAGGCUCAAAAUGGACAAAAAAAUCUUUAGACAGAUUCAAGAUGGAGAAAACGCUGUCUUCCACUGAAAAUUAUAUACGUAGU